UCCGGCGACCACCAUGACCGUCGCCUCGCUCCUGCCCGCGCCGGGAUCCUCCGUCGGGCCCGCCCCCGCCGUCCUCACCCCGGAGGAGGUGUUCGGGGUGCUGCGGGACCUAACCCAGGCGGUCCAGGAGAUCCACAUGUUCUUGGCCGGGUCCUACGGGCCGCCCCCGGCUGCGCCGCCCAUCGCCGCCUCCGCGCCGCCGUGGCUGCCGUGGCAGCCGCCGCACCAGGCGGCCUUUGCCGCGCUUGCCGGGCCGCUGCAGCUGUCAUCCAUCGCCACCACCGCCCAACCCUGGCUGCAGUGGCAACCGCCGCUCCUAGCGGCCUCCGCCGCGCCCGGCGCGACACCACAGCAGCCGCUGCAGCUGCAGCAGCCACCGCCGGUCAGCUCCACCGCCCAGUAUGGGAUGCCCUACGACGGGACUGCGACGACCUUGUUCCCAUCAGCGCCGCCACCAUCCCAGGGCGUCCACAUCCAGCAGCUCAAGUCCCCGCCGCCGCCGUCACCGCUUCCGUCUUGGAUCGCUACCCGCCACGUGUCGGCGGCGGUGAGGCUGCAGGCUGCUGUGCGCGGCCUCCUAGCGCGUCGGCGUGUGCGGGAGAUGCGUGGUCUGCAGCUGACGCUCCUCCAAGUUGCCCUUCGCUGCGCAAAGGACCUCGAUCUCGUCCGCUGCGUCGGGGAUCUUGGGCAUGCGGUUUCCCCCACGGGCGGCGGGCAUGCUGUUUUCCCCGUGGGCAGCGACCUCAAAGUCUGCGACAUCGGCGGUUGGGGGGGCGCACCCCUCCUCGACAUUCUCCAUCGCAAGCCCUCCACUCUUCCCUGUGCAGUGCAGACCAACAGCCAUACACAUGCACUCCUUUUGUCCAGGUGGUGUCCAUGGGAUCCAGGUGGCUGUAUACGUGCACGUCCAAAAUAAAGCGUCCCAAUCUAUUUCAAGUUGAGAGUAAUAACACAAGCCAAGAUGUAAAAGGCUUGUUUUUAGGUGUUAGGUUUGUGUUGCAUCAAGUCAUGGUUAUAAGUUGGUUAGGCUGCAGCUCGAGGACAAGCUGCAUAUCCAGGUGGGGUGUAGUGUUAGAGUACGUAAUGGGCCUAAUGAGCCCGUUAGUCUUAGGGUUAAUUAGAGAUAAGGGUCGCUUGCUUAGGGGUCAAGUAAGCCUUGCUUGGGAGUCAAGUAAACCUCUCUAUAUAAAGAGAGGAGAUGUAUCAAUCUAAUGAAGCAAGAAUUAAGAAGGAAAUCCCUUCCCUCUUGCACGGCCGUGGGCAAAAAGGCCCCCGGCCGGCCCUCUCGCGCCCUCCUUCUAGCAGCGCCACAUAACAGGUACUAUAUUUCUUAGAAAUUUACUCUUACAACAGGGUGAGGUAGUAGAUCAUAGUGGCUUGCAUCAUGAUGACUCUUUUUUAUGUCAGUUUUCUUGGACCAGUUGAAGGUAACCUGAAUCUUUCUUACAUAUUUUGGACUAUUUAUAUUUUCCUUGUCUGAUCCCACCAAAAUAUAUUUUCAUGCAGCUAUUUCUAAUUGAAUUUAAACCUGGAUGACUUUCAGCAGUCUCUUUUUUUAAUUUUCAUGCAUGUAUCAAUAAAGAGGCAUUCUUAAUUGGAAUGAUAAAAUAGCUAUAACGAAUAUAUAUAUAUAUAUAUAUAUAUAUAUAUAUAUAUAUACUGAUUUUGUGUUUGAGUUAGUGUGUUCUGUAUUUCUGUCGUGAUGAAUGCCUCUUUUAUUUGCCAAGCUCCUGAGCUCCUUUACAGGUAUCCUGUUGCGAAACUUAUGGUUGACAUAUGCAUUUCAAGGUUUUAUCUUCUAUGGCUAUAUUAUGUAUCUUCUAGCACACAACCAUUUGUAAACUGAUUGUUUCUUGUAUGAAUGUUAGGAUUUGGAAACUAUAGAUAGAAGAUGCUCGAGCAGUCAGUUGCAUACAUUUCUUUGUCCCCUCACGUGACAUGCAUUUGCGACAGAGGUAUGAGUACAGAUUCUUCCUCAGCUCCAUGGAUGUGGAAGAGCUUUCAGGGAUGCAUGCCACCAUGGGGUUUGUGCUUGGACCGGCAAGAUGGGAUUUGCUGUCAUAUGGCCAUGGCUUGUGGGGACAAGUAGUGUGUGAGGUGCCCUUGGAGGGACAUGGUUCAAGCAAACGAACUGGGUGUUUCAUUUAAAUCUGUAUAGAGCAAUCCAUUAUAGGAAUGUGUGCAUAAUCAAAAGAAAGAAGUUUAAAGGACACUUUAGUUAACCAGGUCUUUGUUUUAGUUUCUUAUUCUCAGGCAUAAAUCACACUUGUUUUUCUUUGUUUCUUGCGGUCUCAAAACUGUUAUCUUUAUUGGAGUCACAAAUCAAAAAUUUGUCAUUGCACUAAGUGCAUCUUUAAUUAUUUGUAUAUCAGAAAUUUAAUAUGCUAUCAUAUUAUCUGGUCGAAGUAUAAAUUGCAUAUGAUAAUCUUUUAAGUUUUUUUUGAAAAUUGUUUAUAUGUUCACUUUUAAAGAUCAUAGAUAAAACUGAUGGCUUUUGAUGACGCCUUGAAAAUUUUGAUUGACAAAGCUUUAUGAUGGAUUGGAUUAAAAACUCAUCGAGUUUUAACAAUCAGAAGUGUUGCAUAGAAAUAAUUGUUUUAUAUAUAUUUGUUGCGCAUGAUAAUACAAAAGGUGUGUUUCGAUAUAUUUGCAGAGUAUGCAAGAUGGAGAUGGAUUAUGUCAACCCUAAAAAACGACUCAUCGACAAGGUGUUGAGGUGAUGUUGUUGAAAGGGGUCAAACAUUCGUCAAGUUAUAUACAACAAAAGGCCCGUGGCAACGCACGGGCCUUGCAAAAAUAACCGAAGAUCCCGUCAGUUAGUUCAAGCAGCAUGAUUGUUUCUUACUCAUGGUCUGUAAAUUGUGGGACUAUUGUUUAUUUCUGUGACGCAGCAAAAUGCAAUUGGAAUGUGAGUCUAGACAAGGGAGUUAUUGCCUUGAAAGACUAUCAUUUUUUUCUUAUCUGCGGGUGAGGAAGUUCGAGAAGAACAAGAAGAUGUCAGAGUUUACGACGCAGUUGGACUCCAUUGGGUUUAAGAUAGCCGAGAUCACUGUGGAUGGCAACUAAAUAGCUAUUUGGAAGAGCUCAGGGGCGAGGAUGCUAGAGAGAGAUCUGAUGCAGCAAGAGACUCCUUUGUGGCCGACUUGCUUUAGAUGUUGAGAAGAAUGCCAACAAAGGGUCUGACAAAAAACAAAUCCCAUGAGAUAUCAUAGGACGACAAGAAUGUUGGAUUCUCGGAGAUCUAAGGAUCUCAUAACUUGUUCGCCUGCUUCUUUUUUGAGUUUUCAGUUAUCCUUUAUUUCCUUGCUUAUGUCAUCUCUUUGAUAUUUGUCUCUUUCUAAAAUGAGAAACAAGGGCUUUAUGUCCUUUUCCUUUUCCAUUAAUGGAUUUCACACAACAAUAAUAGGAAAUAGUUUCAGUGUUCUCAACUCUUUGUUGUUGCUUUUCAGAGAGUAUUUUCCUCGGAUGGGUAUUAUCUGACCCAUGUUUUCUUUGUCAAUGAAAAAUCGGUAAGCAUUUUACAAUUGAAUGUCUGUUUUUUGUACAUCAUGGUUACAAUUUGCGGUUAAAUUACAAUUAAUUAUUUUUUAUUCAACUAAAAGUAACACUAUUUUAUUGUGACAUGAAUGUGUAUAGUUCAUCUAAAUUUGGCCCAAUACUUGAAAUAGCUGAUGUUCAAGUUGUCAGGUAGUAUCGAUUUUCAGGAUUUAUACAUCAAAGGUUUUAAAACAUUACUAUAUUGCAUACCAAGUAUAAUGUUAUGCAUAGAAAGAAUAUGAAACUAAUUAGAUGAGUUCCCGUGUCACUAAUUUGUGAUCUUAUUACAUUGUUCAGGUUCUGAUUUCAUUUGUUGAGCUAUUUUAAUUUCUUUUCAUGCGAGCAAUGAAAACACUUUAUGACUGGUACUAUGUAGAAAUUUUAAUCCGUUGGUUGUGGAAUCCUGGUGGUGAUUUGGAUUUCUUCACUAAAUUCUGAUAGACUUCCAUUUUGGGGGCUGUCUGUUUUGACUCCAUGUGCUAUUUUUUGUUACCGAUUGGAAAAUACAAUGUCUUACUCUUCAUAUAAAUAGACAUGAGACUUAUUGAGAAUUUUAUCUGCAGCGUGUGUUCUCAUACUUUCACAUGAAAUCUUGAAGGAAAGUAGACCCAAGGCUAUGUGGAUGGCAGCGGUUGCUCGGAGAAGAGAAUAAGCAGGGGUGCGAGGGAGUGAUGUGGACUGCGGAACGGAAGGAAGGGGAGGGAAGCUGCGUCCCUGAACUAUGCCCAUAGCUUUACAUCAAACUUCAUUGCAACUCUUGUUAGAUCCUAGCGGAUUAGUAUGAUUUUGGGUGCUGAAAGAAGCUGGCACUAUCAUGGACAUGUUUGUCUCGGGGCCCCUUCAGGAAUUUGCAGUUACCCCAUUAAUGAGUUUUAGUUAAUUAAUAUUCUAGGUUUCAUUGUGCCCCAGUUUCCUCUUGGGACGUUGGCCCUGAGGUGCGAACUCCAUCAUCCAUGUCAAUAUAAGGAUUGUGUGACUUAGCUCUU